AUGGUGUCCGAAUCGCUGUACCAUGUCCAGCGAUGCGGCCGUUGCAAGAUCAUAUGCAAUUCAGGACACAAACUUAAAGGAGGCAAGUCCAAGAUCUACAUCACGUGCAAUCAAGACACGGGUCAGUUUACUUACUCCGGCAGACCUUGGCGUCAGUCCGCUCCGAACUGUAUCCCUCACUGCAAAAAAGGGUGCCAGAAUGGUGGUACUUGCGUAGCUCCGAACCAGUGCCUGUGUAGCCCUGCCUACAGGGGCAAGAACUGCAAUGUGAGAGAGUGUCCUGAGCCUUCAUUCCCGGACGCACAGGCUAGCUUUACCCGCACUGACGACGAUGAACUCCUAGUGAAGUGCCACGAAGGAUACGUUCUUCCCCCGGGGACGGCGCCUGGAGGAGUGGCAUUCUGCAGGGAAGGUGCCUGGGAGCUCCCAGACAACUUUAGGUGUCAGCAUGAAUGUGGCAACCUCGUCUGCCAAAACGGCGGCAGUUGCGUUGCACCGGGGCAUUGCAACUGCGCGCCGGGUUUCACAGGAGAAAACUGCCAGAGACAUACUUGCCCGGACAUGCUGGCACUCAAUGGAAACGUCAUCGUCACUCCAGUAAGCCUGGAGGUAAAGUGCCAUGAAGGGUACACACUCAAGUCAGGGAAAGUCGCGAUGGAAGCGAAGUGCCAAGCUGGCGAAUGGACAGUGCCACCUGAAGACUUACAAGGCGACACAAUUGCAUGUAUCCGUGACUGCGGCAACCUCAUCUGCCAAAACGGCGGCAGUUGCGUUGCACCGGGGCAUUGCAACUGCGCGCCGGGUUUCACAGGAGAAAACUGCCAGAGGCAUACUUGCCCGGACAUGCUGGCACUCAAUGGAAACGUCAUCGUCACUCCAGUAAGCCUGGAGGUAAAGUGCCAUGAAGGGUAUACACUCAAGUCAGGAAAAGUCGCGAUGGAAGCGAAGUGCCAAGCUGGCGAAUGGACUGUGCCACCUGAAGACUUACAAGGCGACACAGUUACAUGCAUCCCUGUCAGAAUGGUUGCCACUUUAUGGCACCAAACCAAGAUUAUUGCAAUAGCCAGUCAGAUCUCAUUCUGCCAUUUAGCUACCUGCAUAAAUGGGUGCCAGAAUGGAGGCACUUGCAUAGCUCCGAGCCAGUGCCAGUGUAGCCCUGGGUACAAGGGCAAGAACUGCGAGGCGAGAGAGUGCCCUGAGCCUUCAUUCCCGGACGCACAGGCUACCUUUGCACGCACUGACGACGACGGACUGCGAGUGGAGUGCCACGAAGGAUACGUUCUUCCCUCGGGCACGGCGUCUGGAGAAGUGGAGCUCUGCAAGGACGGUGCCUGGGACCUCCCGGCCGACUUCAGGUGUCAGCCUUCCUGUGGGCGCCCGGGCUGUCAGAAUGGCGGACGAUGCGUGGCACCGAACCAGUGCCAGUGUGAAGACCAGUUCACGGGCGAACACUGCCAGGUGCGACGUUGUGAAGAGCCCCAGGUCAGGGCCAUCAGUGCCAAUCUGACAGUUAAUGAGACGCACCUAACGGCAGAGUGCGAACCCGGGCAUGCGUUUCCACACGGUGGCACUGUGGCAACGCUGCAUUGCCAGGACGGAGAGUGGCACUCUGAAGAGCGGGUCGUCGCUGCCAACAGCACUCUGGAGUGUACCCCUCAGGAAACGCCGUGUUAUUACCCGUCAAAGACCUUCAACAACACGAUCAUGGAAGGGGAUCUCUUCAGCCACUCGCUGAGGUGUCCGCGAGGGUUCCGGAUGAAGGACGGCAGGGACGGCGUCGCCCUCGUGUGCCUCGAGGCCGAGUGGAUCGUUCGGGGGGAGGGCCCGAUGGCGGACAUCGACCUCAACUGCUAUC